CCCUGGGUGUCCCCCUCUGCUGCUCCGGGGGAUGGAGCUGUCACUUUCUGCCUCGGUUUAUUGCCGAGCCUAUCUGCUGUUGUGUCCCUUGCAGGCUCUCACAAUGGCUGAGGAUUUGAGAGCAGCAGUUGCCAGCCAGACGAAAAGACUGAACAGCAGCAGUGAGGUGGUUGAAAGGCUAGAAGAAAAUGGACAUCAAAAUAAAAGGUUGAAAAGAAAUGCGGAUGAGGAAGAUGCGGAGGAUCAGAAUAAAAAGUCGCCCAAAAGGAAGAUUGUGUUGUUGAUGGCAUAUUCAGGCAAAGGCUACCACGGGAUGCAAAGAAAUGUGGGAUCUUCACAGUUCAAGACAAUUGAAGAUGACUUAGUGUCUGCCCUUGUUCAGUCAGGCUGCAUCCCAGAAAACCAUGGGGAAGAUAUGAAGAAAAUGUCUUUUCAGCGGUGUGCUCGAACAGAUAAGGGGGUGUCUGCAGCUGGACAGAUUGUGUCACUAAAGGUCAGGCUAAUAGACGACAUCUUAGAAAAGAUCAAUAACCAUCUUCCUUCUCACAUCAGAAUUCUAGGUCUGAAGAGAGUCACUGGGGGAUUCAACUCCAAGAACAAAUGUGAUGCCAGAACCUACUCUUACAUGUUGCCAACAUUUGCCUUUGCCCAUAAAGACCAUGAUGUGCAAGAAGAGGUUUAUCGACUGGACAAAGAGACCCUUGAAAAAGUCAAUAAACUGCUUGCGUGCUAUAAAGGAACACACAACUUCCACAACUUCACAUCUCAGAAGGGACCCAGGGACCCCAGUGCCAAGCGGUACAUAAUGGAGAUGUACUGUGGAGAGCCGUUUGUGAGGGAUAGCGUAGAAUUUGCAGUGAUCAAAGUGAAAGGUCAGAGUUUCAUGAUGCACCAAAUAAGGAAGAUGAUUGGGCUGGUGAUAGCUAUUGUGAAAGGUUAUGCUGCUGAGUCUAUCCUAGAGCGCAGCUGGGGAGAGGAGAAAGUAGAUGUCCCCAAAGCCCCAGGACUUGGGCUGGUCUUGGAAAGAGUACACUUUGAAAAAUACAACAGACGUUUUGGAAAUGAUGGGCUGCAUGAACCACUGGAGUGGGCAGAGGAGGAGGAGAAGAUUGCGGUUUUCAAAGAGCAGUAUAUCUAUCCUACCAUUAUCAACACAGAAAGGGACGAGAAAUCCAUGGCGAACUGGCUAAACACCCUCUCCAUUCAUGACUUCAACUCUUCUGCUGUUGGGAUGCAAACUAUCAACAAAAAUUCAAAGAACAGCAGUGAUCUUGAAGGCAGUGAUGGUUGUGAUGAUUCCGACUGAGCCAGUAAGUGGCUGGUCGUGGGACCCUUACUGCUUGCGAUUCCCUUUGUCUACAAAAAAAUGGCCUUUAAAUACAAGAAUCCAGUAAAGCAAGGGUUUGUGUGCUUAAGGAACAAGAACUGGAUGCCCAGGAGAAACUGGGUGGGGAAAACAGUGCAGUAGAAAACGUAAAAGAAGCUUUUUAUACCACUGACUGAUUGAUCUGACUGGUAUACUUGAAAAUAGUGUAAUGAGAAAGAAGCUUUCUAAAAGAACCUUGUAAUGGAGGCUAUCUUAAUUGCUAUUUGAAUAAUGUUUUUAUUAUAUGUUUACCUGGAAAACAGUAUUUUAAAUAUGUAGAAUCGCUACAUAAAGAUGGCGCAAAACAUUUUAAUGUACUCUUUUUUUAUUAUUAUUAUGAAGUUACAACUCUAUGAACUUUUUUUUUUUAA